AGCACUGAAAGGGGAACUUCCAGAGUCUGUGAUGAAGACACAUGAUAAACAGCUCUGCUCACCCCAGCUCCCAGGGCUGCCUGCGUCAAUAAAAGGCAGCAGCAGAGGCAGGGAGCUGUCACUUGGGGCUGGAGGAUCCUCACGGCCAGAGGUGCUUCACGUUAGAGCCAAGGAAAAUGCCUGGAUUCUUUUUCUCCCAUGACAACAUGACUGAAUUAAAUGGAAAAGAAGACUGCAAGCUUGCAAAAGGCAAAGUCCAUAAAAAGAAGCAAAAGGCUUUUGGUGCAGAUCUCAAAAGUUAUUUGAAGUGCAUGGUGCCACAUAUUGAAUCUGGGAUCAAGACUUCCAGCUCUAGAAAUGUCAUGCUUUCUGCAGAGGAAGUUAUUCAGUGGUCACAGUCUUUGGAAAAGCUCUUGGCCAGCCAAAGUGGCCAAGGUGUCUUUCGGGAGUUCCUGAAGUCAGAGUUCAGCGAGGAAAACAUCGAGUUCUGGUUGGCUUGUGAGGAUUACAAGAAAACCAAGUCUGAUCACUUACAUGGCAAAGCAGAAAGGAUUUACGAGGAGUUUGUUCAGUCAGAUGCCAUUAAGCAGAUCAAUAUUGACUAUCAGAUGAGGGAAGCAACAGCCAAAAAGGCUCAAGACCCAACUCACACAAGUUUUGAUGAAGCCCAGAAAACAGUGUAUAUCCUUAUGGAAAGAGAUUCGUACCCCAGGUUUUUAAAAUCCAAAUCCUACCUGAACCUUUUGAACCAGCUGCAAACCAACACUUCAAAAUAAAGUAUCUGAGGCAUGAAGAGCCAAGUAGACUCUGUCAAAUAUCCUGUGAAGAGAUCCUCCAAAGUGGUUGGAUCUUGCCAAGGAAAAUCCCUGUCUUGGGAGAUGUAAACAGCUCCACAGGCAACAGGAUGCACGAUAAAAGCUGGUGAGGUUUUCAUAAGGGUGAGAGCAGCACAGGGAGAAAAUCCUCUGCUCUCACAUGCCACGGAGUCAAGACAGCAUGUGGAAACCAAGUUUUGACCUGCACUAUGAACACUGAACCGUGUCUUAGGUCCCAAAGAACUGCUGAUUGUUAGGAAGUGCAAGACCUCCAAGCUGAGCAUUGGGAAAAGAUUAUUAAGUUCAGAAGAAAAACUAGGAUGACUGAUAAUUUUUGGCAUAACAAGAAAAUGCCAAGACAAUGAUAUCUCUUUUAAAAAUCUGUGAAGUGUUAAUAGGUGUGAGUUCCAGAAUGCUGUUGUACUAUGCAAAUAUAUUCUAAAUGGACAUGUCCUAAAAUCUAUAUGGUUUAAAUUAUAUAAGGUUUGUAUAAGCUUUAUUUUUAUUAAGUUGGUAUUCAACAGGCAGGCAUGUAGCACCUUUGCUGUUUUAUUUA